CGCCCCUGUGAUUGGACACACCUCCAGGCUCCAUCGUCUCAUCCGGACGGGGGCGGGGGCGGGACCUGGGCCGCACACACACACCCGCGAUUGGCCCCGAAUCUGAAAAUGUACAGCUUUAUCUCGCUGGUCGCGGGGGUUAUAAAUAGAGCCUCCGGCCCGGCAGAGGAAAGAAAAUGAGCAUCGGCGUCCGGCGACCCCUCCAUGAUCUCUGUGAGAAGGAUGCUGCAGCAAGCCCUAAGAGUAUCCUGCCGGAGCGGCUCCCCCCUCCUCAAAUGGGUGGAGAGGUGGGCCGAGGGCGCAGCGGCGGGUCCCGACGGGACGACGCUGAGGAGCCUGGACGACAUGCCCGGCCCGUCUGUGCUCGGCUUCGCCUGGGACUUAUUCGCUCGCCGGGGGUUGUCCAAGCUGCACCAGUUACAGCUGGAGGGAGUGCAGCGCUACGGUCCCAUGUGGAAGGCGAGCUUCGGCCCCAUCACGACGGUCCACGUGGCUCAUCCGGCACUCAUUGAGCAGGUGCUGAGGCAAGAGGGCCAGCACCCCAUGCGCUCUGACCUUUCCUCCUGGAAGGACUACAGGAAGCUCAGAGGUCAGCACUAUGGACUGUUGACAUCUGAAGGCGAGGAGUGGCAGGAGGUUCGGAGCCUCCUCGCGAAGCACAUGCUGCCGCCCAAGGCGGUCGAAGCUUAUGACCAAACCUUGAACGGCGUGGUCAGUGACCUCAUGGUCAAACUUCGCCUGCGCAGACAUCCCGAAGGCCUUGUGACCGACAUCGCCAGGGAAUUCUAUUACUUUGGCCUCGAGGGUAUCUCCUCUGUGUUGUUUGAGUCCAGAAUUGGCUGCCUGGAGCCAGUCGUUCCGAAAGAAACUGAACUCUUCAUUGAGUCCAUCAACACCAUGUUUGUAAAAACGCUUCUUACAAUGGUCUUGCCAAGAUGGAUACACUUGCUGUUCCCCAAACCCUGGAACACCUUCUGCCAGUGCUGGGACAACAUGUUUGAAUUUGCGAAAGGCCACAUCGACCAGCGCCUAAGCGAAGCGCAGAAAAAAAGCAAUGGAGACAAAGUAAAGGGCCACUACCUUGCCUACUUUCUGUCCCAAACCAAUUUGCCCAUGAAGACUGUUUACAGCAAUAUCACAGAGCUGCUGCUUGCUGGCGUCGACACCAUAUCCAGCACGAUGUCCUGGUCGUUGUACGAGCUGUCGCGUCAUCCUGAGGUGCAGGCCUCUCUGCGCGAUGAAGUCCUGACAGUACUGGAAGGCAGGAAGGUGCCCCAGGCGGCAGAUGUAGCACGCAUGCCUCUCAUGAAGGCCACAGUAAAAGAAGUGCUCAGGUUGUAUCCGGUCAUUCCUGCUAAUGCUCGAGUCAUCAUUGAGCGAGACAUCCAGGUUGGAGGCUACCUCAUUCCUAAAAAUACUCUGAUUACGCUGUGCCACUUUGCAACAUCACGCGACCCGGCAGUGUUUCCAAACCCAAAUGAGUUCCUGCCACACAGAUGGUUGAGCAAGGACCAGACUCAUCACCCGUACGCUUCUGUGCCUUUCGGGGUGGGAAAACGCAGCUGCAUCGGCCGACGCAUUGCCGAGCUGGAGCUCUACCUCGCUCUCGCCAGGAUCCUGAUGGAGUUCGAUGUGCAGCCGGACCCAAAAGGGGUUUCUGUGAAGCCCAUGACACGGACGUUGCUCGUUCCUGAAAAUGUCAUUAACCUGCAUUUUGUUGAACGAUGACCCACUCGUCUGAGCUGGCUGAGUUACGUGAAAGGAGAACAAAGCAUGCGGGCAGGCGGCGACCCGUUCGGGAUCAUGUCAAAAAAAAAAAAAAAAAAAAAAAAAAGGCCCAGAGGACACCUCUGAAGUAGAGUACAGCGACCGAGGUGCUCCACGGGAGUUUAACUAGCCUUUAGGUUACGAUAUCGCGUAUUUGCACAAAGUCUGAGAGCUCCCGUGAAGUUAAUUUCACAGAUGCUCCUUAGACCACGUUUCAUUUAUUUGAACUAUGAGUGGAUUUUUGUAUUAAAACAAAUGAAGCAAGUGUGCUCAAGAACUGUUUAUUCAGGAUAUGACGUCCCACAUCUGGACAUCGAUCAAGCACCUAGUUGAAGUCUGUAGUUUGUGCUAUUGGAGUGCGCUCGUGAGGGCAUACUGCGGAAACCCCCGAGUCAAAAAAUCUUCCGUGAAGCUGGUCGACUUGAGUUUUCAAUAUUGUUAAUCAGGUGAUGCAAUUUUAUAUUCCAGUAGUCACCACUAGGAAGUUUUUAUUAGCUGUAUAGGCAACAUUUAAAAACUACUCAAUCUGUGAAAUAAGAGGGAGCACGCCUUGGGUGCAGAGCGAAACUGUUACCCACUGGUAUUUGCAUAUGAUCCUGUUUGCAUUAAUUAGUGGUAAUAUAUGUAGUUUUUACUUUUGCAUCUGCUUAGUCAAAUGAUUUUUGUGUAUAACUGAUGUUUUGUUGUUUCUGUUGCUCAGCCAAGCAGCCAGGUGAUUUUCUUUUCUUUUUUUUUAUAGUCAGGCCUUAGUUGGGUUUCCAGUUUUCUGGUUAUCAUCACCUGUGUUCCUUUUUGGUCAUCUGUUAGGGCAUCACAGAAACAUAACUAAAAUGAAAGAAAAUGGAGUUAACUCUUUAUAUACUCAUUGAGCUGAGGUCUAGUAAAAUAUGCAGACAUAUUGUUCUACUUUGCAUGUGAUGAUUGAACUCCAAGUUGUGUUUGUCUUUUGAGAAUGUUUUGGUUCAAAUCACAAUUCUUUGACAUUAGUCACUCGGUGUUUAUUUUGGACGUACAUUUUUUUUUUUUUUUUUUGGUAAGAUACAGAGAGCAUCACAGAAGGGUAUAAGAAAGCUUUGUGAAUGGGAAAAAAAACCCCAAGUUUGGAUAAUUACAAGUUUUGAUGUGCGACUGUAAAAAUUAUUGUCACAAGGCAGUUAUGGGGGAGAAACAUUGGAACGGGGUUCUUUUGAAAACUUCACUCAAAUGGCAGCUGAAACAUUCUUUGCAUGAACAAAUAAUAAUAAUGCAAAUAUUUUGAAUUCACCAAGACUUUGGCUGUUACUGUACUCUCAAGGCAAUGCUCACUUUUUUUAUUCUAGUUUUUAAACGUAGCAUAGUGUCUGAAUUCUGUAUUUAUUGUAAUUUAACAUUUUGAAACUGUACAUGUCAAUAAAAUCCAAAGUAUAUAAAUGUGUUUUAUCGGCUUGUGCAUUUUUCUGAAUGCGUGUGCAAAUAUGAUGC